UACAAAAAAGGACAAACUCCGACUGCAAAGGACAAUCAAAACUGCUGAAAGGAUUGUCGGUACCCCCCUACCCACCAUUGAGGACUUGCACGCUGCCAGAACUAAGACAAGGGCGUGCAAAAUCCUCUCGCACCCCGGUCACCAGCUCUUCCAGCUCCUUCCCUCAGGCAUGCAACCGUCCGUCUCGGUGACGCUGGAGCCCGGGCUGGAGCAGGGGGUGCCCUGGGGUCGGGAUCUGUACACGUUUGUGACGUCGGCGGCGGGUCACAUGAUGAGGACCCUCCAGAAGCCCCGCAAGAACCGUCCCUCCAAGCGGCAGGUCAACCACCGACGCUUCCUGUACAACAUGAUACAGAGGAAGUUUGCUGACAUCGAGGCGGCCAAUUGUCGACUGGCAUCCGCUCUCUACUUAAAAGAGGCAGGGUCCUCGACACCUGAGCAGUCAUGUGACCAGCCGGACGGAUGUAAAGGCCAACAUGACAACCAAAAAGUUCAAAGCGGGACAAAGAAAAUAAACGACACGUCCUCAACAUGUCCUAUUGAUGAAGUGUUACAUACGCACCAUGAUGAAGACGACAUGCCCAUCUCUCGCUCCUUCACGCCACAGUUCUCGCCAUUGUCCUUUGAAGCCAUGCAAUUGUUCGUCGACGGCCCUGGCGACUCUAACAAAUUGGCCGACGUCACCGAGAGCGACUGGGCGGACAUUAUGAAUCUGUUCUCAGAGGAUGACGAGGCCGAACGCCACACCGAUCGCUUUCCUGAAACCGCAGAGAGGAAUUGCGGACGCGAUUGCCACGGCGAUCACAGACCAAUCAUAAGCCACCUCCACACAGACAAUGACUUUGUCCUCCCCGACCCACUUCCCGUGCUGUCGAGCUGCCAGCACAAGAUGUCGUCGUCAGGGGGCGUGGCUCAGUCUUUUUGGGCCCCGCCCCACAACGCCUCCCUGGGCCACAUAGUGACACCGCCCCACGAGGACCACCUGAUGUUCACAGACAUCCUCAUGGACAUCGAGUCACCCGCAUGCACCUCUUUUAACAUGCUUUGGUACCAAGAUGUUUGCGCUCAAUGAAUAACUGUUUAUUUAACCUAUUAACAGGUACUGUACAGUGGUACCUUGACUUAAGAGUUUAAUUCACUUUAAUUGAACUAAUUCUAUUUUUUUUUUACAUUUACAGUAACUAGUAACAUAGUUAUAAAAAUAAUGUUCAUUAUAAGCAAAUAUCUAAAAAUGAGCAUUAACAAAUAGAAAAUCCAAUACACUUACAGUAUGUCUUAUAAUGGUUGUCUUUACAAAUGUCAAAUUGCUGGUGAAUGUCAAAUUGCUGGUGAAAAUGUCCAAUACAAUGAUAUAGUAAUACAUAUGAAUCUGUAAUAAUUGUUUAAUAUUAAUAAUGACUGAAAUGGCUGUUACAUAUUUUAAAAUAUUGCUGAUUAUUACUUAAAAUAAAGUAAAAUGCUAUUUGUGGAACGUCACGUGACCAAACCCUGUAAACGGGUUGGCUGACUUCCUGUGUAUGCUACAUAACGAGCAUAACUAGGAUUGAUGACAUGAUGGUUUGAAGCCAAACUCCCUAAAGUUUUGUUUUCUUUAUGGCUGGUGUCUUUCAACAAAAGUGAAAUAAAAUGUAUAUAAUGUAUUUGUACAAAUAUAUGUAAAUACAUCGGAUAUUGUCAUCUUUGGUAGUUCUGUGGUGACAUUUCAUGCUCAACAAAAGACAUCGUAGACAUUUUAAAUUCCCCGAGGUCGGUUGCCACGGUGCCCUUUGCCAUUCAACCAAGGGAGGAGGAAGUGCGUUUACCCGUUUUGCUGAAUGCGGAAAUAGGUUGCUCGUAUAACGGAUUACUAAUCAUGCUGGAGGAAAAAAACCUCUAAUCCAAUAAUGAACAUUAAAGGUAGAAUAGCCAAAUGUCGGGCACAAUACUUUUGAAAUAUUGUAAAUGAUUAAGUACUCAUUUUCUGAUGCAGUUUUCUCUCAUUCUGUAUAUUAAUUGUCAAACAUUUUCAUAAUAUGAAUAAAUAAUAA